CCACAGAUAAAAAUAUUGCCUAAAAAAUUUAAAAUUUUGUUUAUAACAAUAAUUAACUGAUAUCAUAUCAAUAAUGGACGCCAAUAGUCAAGAUGCCAAUAAUAAUCAACAAGAUCAACCACAACAAUCACAGGAUGUCGAACAUGAUCAAGAUGAGCCAUUGCCUAAAGGAUGGGAAAAACGAGUAUCACGAUCCACUGGACAGGCAUAUUAUUUGAAUAUUUACACUAAAGAAUCACAAUGGGAUCGACCUACACAGGAGGCUAGUACAAAGGAUAAUGAAAAAAUAAGAUGUUCACAUCUAUUGGUUAAACAUAAUCAAUCACGACGACCUAGUUCUUGGCGUGAAGAACAUAUUACACGAACCAAAGAAGAAGCACUUGCUUUGAUUGAAGAUUAUCAUGAAAAAAUUUCAAACGGUAUGGCCACAUUAGAUGAACUUGCAUCCGAACUAUCCGAUUGUUCUUCGGCUAAACGUGGUGGUGAUCUUGGAUUUUUCGCUCGUGGUGCUAUGCAAAAACCGUUCGAAGAGGCUGCAUUUGCAUUAAAAGUUGGUGAAUUAUCGCAAGUUGUUGAAACGGAUUCUGGUGUCCAUCUUAUACUUCGUACUGCUUAGAAUUUUUUUUUAAAUUUUAUUAUUCAUAAUCAUAUUUGUGUGCUUGAGUGAAUGUGUGUCACCUGAGUUUGCUUUGUAAAAAAUAGUACGUUUAAUGCAGUUAGUGGUUCUAUUCUGUACUAUAGAUAUAUUAUUCAUGUCGAUUGUCAAAUAUGUCAUUUUAUAUCCUGUAGAAAUGAUUUUAGGUUCAAUGUCCGUAAAUGUUUGUGCGUGUGUGUGUGUGUAUUCCGGGCUAAAUUGUUUUAUUUUUCACAUUCUCCAAAUUAUUAAACUUUUUGCGAAAUUCAAA